CCCCUGACUGUAACACGGCCCAGAGCUCUGUGCUCUCCCUCGUAGUGUAUUUUGUAGCUCUGCUUCGGUUGCUUCCCUUCCCCUGUGCCGCCAUUAAAGCCCGUCAGCUUCGUGUUUGGGAGUCGGGAGAAGCAUGAAGAUGAUUUAAAGCGUCAAAACAACCGAGCGAGGGGACGGGACUAGGGGGGAUUUGUUGUUCCGCGGUGUGUAUGGACCUUUAACUGCCAACUAAACGGCGCCCAAAUAAGUAAAUAUGCGGUUAGUGUCGUCCAAGUGAGAGGAGCCCGAGUCCGGAUUGGAGUGGGUUUCUCUGCCUUUGGGGGGGGCGAGGGGGCUCGCGGAAGCUCCAUUUGUUUUGGCUGCAGUGGUAAACCGAGGAGUGUAAACAUAGCAAAGCAAAGUGUACUGCUUGCUGUGUGAUCUCCUUAAGAGUGUGUCUGCCGAGCUGAGGAUCCCUCUGAGCGGCAGGAAGCCUCCCUCAGCGUCAGUGCGACGAUGACCGAGCUGGUUGCCAAGUGGCCCUGUGAAUACUGUACAUACGAGAACUGGCCGUCAGCCAUCAAGUGCACCAUGUGCCGCGCUCAGAGGCCCAGCGUGGGUGCUAUCAUCACUGAGGAGCCCUUCAAGAGCAGCCCCCCUCUGGAUGCCAGUCUGCACCAGUGGGACCCUGCAGGCCUCAGCAACAGCCCAACCCAGGGGGGAUCCAGCCUACUUAUUUGCCCAGACUCCAGUGCCCGACCCCGCGUUCGCAUUGCUGAUGUACCUGAGACUAGUAGCAAGUGGUCAUGCCACAUGUGCACCUACUUGAAUUGGCCUCGGGCCAUCCGCUGCACCCAGUGCCUGUGCCAGAGGCAACACGCUCAACACCAAAAGCAUGGGCAACACAGAGCCCAUCAGGGACAUAUCACCCAGCACCCUCGCAGCCCCACAGAAUCACCCCAGAGCUCAGGCUCCGGAUGCCGUCCUGCUCCCUCAGCCACCAUUACAGACCCCUGUGAGGAAUAUAAUGACCGCAACAGGCUCAACACUCAUGCACAACACUGGACCUGCACCGCCUGCACUUACGAGAACGGGGCCAAGGCACUUAAGUGUGUGGUGUGUGAUCACCCCAGGCCAAAUAGUAUGCUGGCUGAACCCAUUGAGCUAGCAUCAGAGCCUGAGAUUCACCAACCUUCCUCAAAACGUAAUGCACAGGAAAGGGACAACAGGAGGGGUGUCAUUGGGCAUAUGGUCGGGCAAGGAGUAGGGGGCGUGCUAGGGGGGGUAGUGGGUUGUAGCAGCAGCAGCCAAAGAAGGUCACCUCCAACCUCAAAAAGGGAGUCAGAGGUGAACAUGGACUUUCAGAGGAUUGAAGUGGCAUCAGGAGCUGGGAUUGGGAUUAAAGAGGAACUGGAGGUGGAUUUUAAAAAACUGAAGCAGAUUAAGAACCGGAUGAGAAGGACUGAUUGGCUCUUUCUCAAUGCCUGUGUUGGUGUUGUGGAAGGUGACCUGGCAGCUGUGGAGGCCUACAAGUCAUCGGGAGGUGACAUCGCACGGCAGCUAUCAUCAGACGAGGUGCGCCUAUUAAACCGCUCGUCUGCAUUUGAUGACGGCUUCACGCUGGUUCACCUAGCCAUCCGCUUCCAGAGACAGGACAUGCUGGCUGUGUUACUCACAGAGGUGUCCCAACAGGCAGCCAAGUGUAUCCCUGCCAUGGUGUGUCCUGAGCUCACGGAGCAGAUCCGCAGAGAGGUGGCAGCGUCUCUUCACCAGCGCAAGGGAGACUUCACCUGCUAUUUUCUCACUGACUUGGUGACCUUCACCCUGCCUGCAGACAUCGAAGACUUGCCCCCAGCAGUUCAGGAGAAGCUGUUUGAUGAGUUGCUCGACCGAGACGUACAAAAAGAGCUUGAAGAGGAGUCUCCCAUCAUCAACUGGUCCCUGGAGCUGGCCACCAGGUUGGACAGCCGGCUGUACGCCCUGUGGAACCGCACGGCCGGGGACUGUCUGCUGGACUCAGUGCUGCAGGCCACAUGGGGCAUCUACGACAAAGACUCAGUGCUCCGCAAGACCCUCCACGACAGCCUGCACGACUGCUCCCACUGGUUUUACACGCGCUGGAAGGAGUGGGAGUCGUGGUAUUCCCAGAGCUUCGGCCUGCACUUUUCCCUUCGGGAGGAACAGUGGCAGGAGGACUGGGCUUUCAUCCUUUCCCUGGCUAGUCAGCCUGGAUCCAGCUUGGAGCAGACCCACAUUUUUGUUCUUGCACACAUACUUCGUAGGCCUAUUAUCGUCUAUGGAGUGAAGUAUUACAAAAGUUUCCGUGGAGAGACGCUUGGGUACACCCGUUUUCAAGGUGUGUACCUGCCUCUUCUGUGGGAGCAGAGUUUCUGCUGGAAGAGCCCCAUCGCCCUGGGUUACACGCGGGGACACUUCUCAGCGCUGGUUGCCAUGGAGAACGACGGCUUCGACAAUCGCGGCGCGGGCGCCAACCUCAACACUGACGACGACGUCACCGUGACGUUCCUGCCGCUGGUGGACAGCGAGAGGAAGCUGCUUCACAUCCACUUCCUCUCAGCGCAGGAAAUCUCGGCAGACUGGCAACUUUAAAAGUAGCUCUCGGUUCAAAAAAGGUUGGGCACCCCUGCUCUACUAUCAAUGUGGCUCCCUGAUGGUGGUGUGUGUCCCCCUGCAGAUGGGGUAACGAGGAGCAGCAGGAGAAGCUGCUGCGGGAGUGGCUGGACUGCUGUGUGACGGAGGGGGGGGUGCUGGUGGCUCUUCAGAAGAGCUCACGACGUCGCAACCACCCUCUGGUCACCCAGAUGGUGGAGAAGUGGCUGGACGGGUACCGGCAGAUCCGCCCCUGCGCGUCUCUGUCUGACGGAGAGGAGGAGGAGGACGAUGAAGACGAGUGACAGAACUGAAGCGAGGCGAGGGAGGCGGUCUGCUGGGGGGGGGGCAGGACUCCUCCCUCUCCUCUGUCUUACAGUUUUUUUUUUCUUUCCUGACACGGACAAACUGUGAAAGCCUUCAGGAGAGGACAGGGAACCAAGCCCCCCCCCCCCCUCCCCCACUGACAGGAGACACUGCUGCUCUUCUAUCACACGCAGGCACUCGGACAGACACCUAAAAACACGUGCAACACUUUACUCUGAAAAUGCUGAGACUGACAAAUUGCUGCGAGACAAAGGUUUACGAAUGCAAACGACCUUUUGAUUUGUUUUUCAAAUGUAAAGGAAUAAAGGAUUCUCGAUCCAUAGAUGUAAAUGCAUGUGGUUGUUUUAAAAAGAGUAUAAGGAAAUAUACCAGCAUUUAUAUCUGUUCAGUGUGGGCACUGAGAAAAGCACACUUCCAAAUUGAUCUUUUUGAUGUUUCUUUUUCCAUUUUAAGACUUGGCUUGUUACGUUUUUUUUCUUCUGAAUGGGCAGGGACAAAGCCAAUAAAUAUUAUCUGUAGAAAACCAGAGAUUGUGUAAUACUAAAUGACUUUAAUCCUUAUUACUAAGCACUGCACAUUUAUUAAAAACAUUUCUAUAUAAAUACAGUAUCAUUGCUUGAAUUAAGGUCAUAUAUGAAGCUCUUGAAAAAAGGAGAUUUUCCCUUUACAAGUCAAAUCUACACUCAAUCUUCGCACACAAACAUUCAUGUUGGAUCUUUGGUUUACCUUUUUCAGACUGAUUGAAGUUGUGUGCGUGUGUGUGUUUUAUCUUCUCUGAAAUUACUCUACAUAUUUAUUGUUUGGAAACUUAUAUGAGCUACUAGGAUCUUUCUGUAUAUUUUCUUUCUCCUUUCUGUGGUUUUGUUAAUUAUUCUCUCUCUUGAUGAAGACACGUUGCACAGAAACACUGUUGCUGUGAGGAAAGAACCAAUCAUCACCAUCAGUGAGAAGUUUACUUGCGUUAUUGCGUGCGAUUUAGUAACUCAUCUGGAUGCCUAGAAUCUGGUGCUUUUCUUUUGGGCAGUCGAGUGUGAGACACAUUUAAUGUCAACGUAACAGUCACAGCGUUGUUUGUUAUUUCCUCUUUGUCCCUUUUUCCCUCAUAGCAUUUGUUGUCAAAGUCAUGGUACACGUCAGUUCACCUCCUGUUUGUUGUCCUCCUUUAAGUUUGUGAUUAAGGUCAUUGUGAGACUGCAACAUAUAAAACCAAAGCUGACAGAAGAAAAACAAGUUACUUUUUUUGCUGUGAAUGUUUUGCAUUUCGUUUUUUUUCCUGCCAUUGCGUACUGUAACCUCUUUCCUGUUUCAUUCAAACUCACGUUUUGAGCAGUACGUUGCUUUGUAUUUAUGCAAUAGUUGCAGUUGUGACUAUGAUGGUUUGUGGAUUUAGGCCUGACUUCACUAUACAGAGUGUAACGCAGUGAACGGCAACAUAAGGAAAAAAAAUAAAGGAAAACCUAUUUGAAUGUCCAACUAAA